ACGUGUCCGCGGCUCCGAGUCCCCCCGCCGCCGCCCGGCCCCGCCCACCCCUCCCGGCCGGCCUGCCCACGCGCACGUGCCCCGCGCAGACCCGCGCCCCGGGCCCCGGUAGCGAGUGGGUGGCGGGGCCACUGCGCAUGCGGAGCUCCAAAUUCAAACAGCUGUUGGCAGGGGCUGCGCGCCGCGGCCGGGAGGCUCGGAGCCAUGGUGGACCGCGGCCCGCUGCUCACCUCGGCCAUCAUCUUCUACCUGGCCAUCGGGGCGGCGAUCUUCGAGGUGCUGGAGGAGCCGCACUGGAAGGAGGCCAAGAAGAAGUACUACACGCAGAGGCUGCAUCUGCUCCGGGAGUUCCCGUGCCUGGGCCAGGACGGCCUGGACCGGAUCCUGGAGGUAGUGUCAGAUGCUGCCGAGCAGGGCGUGGCCAUCACCGGGAACCAGACCUUCAACAACUGGAACUGGCCCAAUGCCAUGAUCUUCGCAGCCACAGUCAUCACCACCAUCGGCUAUGGCAACGUGGCCCCCAAGACCCCGGCUGGCCGUCUCUUCUGCGUCUUCUACGGCCUCUUUGGCGUGCCUCUGUGCCUGACCUGGAUCAGUGCCCUGGGCAAGUUCUUCGGGGGAAGAGCCAAGAGGCUGGGCCAGUUCCUCACCAGGAGAGGCGUCAGCCUGCGGAAGGCGCAGAUCACAUGCACGGCCAUCUUCAUCGUGUGGGGCGUGCUGGUGCACCUGGUCAUCCCGCCCUUCGUCUUCAUGGUCACCGAGGACUGGGGCUACAUCGAGGGCCUCUACUAUUCCUUCAUCACCAUCUCCACCAUCGGCUUCGGGGACUUCGUGGCCGGCGUGAACCCCAGCGCCAACUACCACGCCCUGUACCGCUACUUUGUGGAGCUCUGGAUCUACCUGGGGCUGGCCUGGCUGUCCCUCUUUGUCAACUGGAAGGUGAGCAUGUUUGUGGAGGUGCACAAGGCCAUUAAGAAGCGGCGGCGGCGGCGGAAGGAGUCCUUCGAGGGCUCCCCCCACUCCAAGAAGGCCCUGCAGAUGGCGGGGGGCCCAGUGGCCAAGGAGAACAACAUCCUGAGCUUCCUCUCCAAGAAGGAGGAGACCUACAAUGACCUGAUCAAGCAGAUCGGGAAGAAGGCCAUGAAGACGAGCGGGGCGGGAGAGAGGGUCCCAGGGCCGGCCCUGGGCUCGCCGGGGCCCGUGCUGCCCGGCGUGCCCGCCUCCCUGGCCCCGUUGGUGAUGUACUCCAAGAGCCGGGCACCCAGCCUGGAGGAGGUGUCCCAGACCCUGAGGAGCAAAGGCCACGUGUCCCGGCCCCCCGGUGAGGAUGUUGGGGAGAGCCCUCCUGGGGACGAGCCCGCCGCCCCUGAGGGGCUCUCGGGCCAGCUGGACCGCAUCAGCGAGGAGGGCGAGGUGUGGGAUGCCCAGGACUACGACCCGCUCAUCUCCCAGAGCGCCACCAGCUCCGCGCGCGAGGCCGGCCUCUCAGAUGAGGAGACCUCCAAGUCCUCCCUGGAGGACCCCCUGGCAGGAGAGCAGAGGCCCGCCGAGGGGACAGGGGCCGAGGCGCCCCUGAACCUGGGGGAGUUCCCCUCCUCGGACGAGUCCACCUUCACCAGCACCGAGUCGGAGUUCUCCGUGCCUUACGAGCAGCUGCUGAACGAGUACCACCAGGCCGGCGGGCCCAAGGGCACGUGAGGUGGGGCCGGCCCCCCGCCCGCCUCCGAGGGCUCUUGUUGUCCCUGUCGUUCUGGGUGCCCACCCACGAUAGGGCUCCUGGUUCUGUUCAGGGAAUGGGGAGAAUAGCCCUGGAAUGUGGGGUGGGGGACCGGGGCCUGCUUCACCGUCCACACCCUCCGUGGCCCCCUAGUUUGAACUCUCCUCCAGCUGCAUGGGGGCCCUUGGUGGGAAAGGGGGUCCCUGUUCAGAGCUCAGCUCACGCUGCAGACGGUUCAAAGACUCGUGGGCUGGCAGUGGUCACCCACCUGCAGUCAGGCCCCUGGGUUCACCAGUGUUAGCGGGCGGGCGUGAGGUGGGAGUGCCUGCCUCGGGAACCGCUGAUGGGCCCUUCCCUGAGCCCCGUCCUCGGGGGCGAGACAGGCCUGAGAUUGGGGUGACCAAGUGGUGCCGUGGUUCCUCAGUCUGAGCCAACCUGAAGGUCCUGGGACCUUGUCCCAGACAGGUCCCCCAUGGCCGGCGGUGUCACAUUCAGGAAGGGGCGACGGGCAGGGCCAGGCCCUGGGAGUGCGGGCGGCCAGGCCUCCCACGGGGUGCUGGCUGUGCGGGGCGCCUGGUUCCUGGUGUCCAGGUGGGAGGGAGAGACAGUGCAGAGGGAGGUGGAGGUGUGUGUCCGCAGCCGGAGCAGACGACAACGUGGAGCCACGCACAGCGGCCGGCAGAACUCACCGCAGCUGAGCUCUCGGCUUCUCGGAGAUGGACGCUGGCCCUGCCCGGCCUCCGUUUGGUUGUGACUUCUGAGUGAACUGCUGUUUCCCUGUGAGGCAGGGCCCCACGGUUUGGGGGGUGCCCUGCAGUUGCCCUCCUAGAGCUGGCCUUCCUCGGUGGCCUCGGACAAGGUUAGGUCCCCACACAGUGUGGGGUGGGCACGCCUCAGAUGCGGGGCAGGAGGUGAGCCGUCCCCCUCAUCUGGAUACCUCUGCCGCCCCCUGCCCCGAGGCCCUGCAACUGCACACACUGUAUGCCCCUCUGGCCGCGGAGCCCUUGUAAUUUAUUUUGACAUUUUUACAAUAAAACAUGAGAG